GCGUUGAUUAUGUCUCACUAUCCUUGCAACCUUACUUCUUUCCAACGUGUACCACACGACGAAAGUUCCCUUCAUUAGAAGUUGAACCAACUAACAACGUACCGUAGAAUUCACGCAGAGUACGGUGAACCCAACCAGCAGCGACCGCGGACCGUGAGAGAGCGAGAGCAACUCACCCCUAAACCCUUAGUGAACGCGCGCGCCCGGCUAUGAGUAGUGUGGGUGGGUGGUUGUUUGGUCCCUUGCGAGCGACGACGACGGGCACGCAGCCCUCCUAGACCGCUGCCGAAGCAGCAGUCAGUCGUCGUCAGUAGGUAUAGACCACACGCCGCGAGAUGAAGCAGUUUUCCUCGAAUGCCAAAACGGAAGAUCAACAGAUUAUGUGCGUCACUCACCAACAACGCCACCACUAGUACCCCUGCUAGAAUCAGAGUGUGUGGGAAGCUUGAAACCACGUUGUCGUCGACAUCGACCGUCGUCGUCAUUGAUUGUCGUUGUUGUCGGUUCUGCCGAUGCACCGAGCGAGUGCGACGCCUUGCUGCUGUUUUUAUUAGUGUUGUGUCCAAACGAAGUUGGUUGUUCUAGUGCGGAAAUAAACGGAAGCGCAAAUUUUCUGGACGCGAAAAUUUGCGGCUUGCACCGUGUUUCGGGUGCUAUUUUGGAGUGUGCUGUAAAGUGAAGGCGAAGAGCCAAGAAGACGGCGGCGGCGGCGCGCGGCAUGGAAAUCGAUAGAGCCGAGCAGGGUGCUCUGGUUCAGUAGUGAGAAGCGAUACAUGAAGACAAUGGACUUCACACCGCUGCCGUCGGAGCUAGAGGAGCUGAUCCUGUGCAGCUGCUGCCACCUGCCGUUCAACGACACGGAUGCAGUGCCGAAGCUGUUCUCCUGUCGGCACUAUUUCUGCCUGAAAUGCGUCAACCAGGUGCUCAUGAAGGGCACCGAAUUGUACUGUGUGCACUGCUGGAAGCGAACGGAGCUCAGCGGACCGGACAUGAAGCCGGAGAGCCUACCGACGCAUAAUGCGAUCCUGUACCUGUCGCAGAAUCUGAGUAUGAUUUCGAGCGGAAGUGCCACCGCAGGGGGAGGAACCGGCACAGGAAGUGUCAACGGUGGUGGCAACAAAAAGCCUCCUGACAAGAGCGGAACGAACGGAACAGUGGCUACGAGUAGUGCCAGUAGUGUUCUGAGCGGUGGAGGCAGUGUAGCGAGCGUAACGAACGGAAACUCGGCUGCCAACGGAAACAUCGGUUUAGGUAGUAAUAGCGCGAAUGCCGGAGGCACCGGUCCGAUCGGUUCGGGAAAAUAUAGAAAUAAGGGCGAAAACUGUAUGACGCACGCGAUGCCGAAUGCGUUGUGGUGUCUCAAGUGCAACAUAAUCCUAUGCCGGGCCUGUGCCAGUACGGAAGAACAUCGGAAUCAUUCGGUGAAGACUCAAGCGGAGGCGCGCGACCAGAUCCGGUCAGACAUCGCGUCGGAUCUGCUGCUGAUGCAGAAGAGUCUAUCCGAGUUGCAGCAUUUCGUAUUUAAGCAACGUGAUUUCCUGCUCAAAAUCCUGGAAGCGUGCACGGCACUGAAAACUCAGGUCGAAACGGAACUGAUCAACCACCUGCCCACGUUCGAAGUGGCAGAAAUACGAAGUAACCUUACGAAAGCGAAACUAUUCCUUACGAUGCUCGAUCAGCAAUCCCCGGCGGACGCGUACAAGCUGUACGCCAACCUCAAUAUCGAGAAACAACGGCUGCAGUCCAAGUAUCAGGAGAUGUACCUGCAGUGCAAACUCGACGAUCUGAUACAACACUACGGCAUACUGUUUGACUUCGAGUUGAUCAAACAAGCCCUGUCGAACCUGAACACAAUCGAUCCGAUCUCGUUCGGAAACGGUGCCAUUGGUGGACUGGGAUUGACCGCCGGCGGUACCACCAUCAAUGGACAUCACAAUUCCAUACUACUACUUGCCAAUUACUGUAUCUCGCAGCUGUAUUCACGCCACAUUCUAACCACCAAGCAUCAUCAGCAGCACCAGCAAUCGCAGCAUAUCGAUCCCAAUACGUUAGGCUACGCAAUAUCCUCCCCCUCGCAGACGACUUCCGGAACCGGAGUACCGCAUUCACCGAACCACACCGGUAUCCUAGCGGGACCACCGGGAAUGCCCCAACCACCGCUCUCCGGAACCUAUGCAAGUCAAUUGAACGACAUGGCGUCAAUCAUCAUUGGCGGCCCUCAAAUGCACCAGGGUAACCGAACCGACGGAACUAACUCGGCCCGUACGUCCGGUUCCGGAUCGACAUACCUGAGCGAAAUCCUCAACGGUAGCACAUUGCAGCAUUUGCAUCAACAUUCCGGAUCUUCCCAGCAUCAACCGCUGACGCCUCCGGGCCACCCUCUGUCCUCAUCUUCCUCCAGCGUGGUAUCGCUAGUUCCUUCCACGGCCCAGCAACAGGUGCAGAAGCAGGUCCAGGCGGCCGCCGUGGCUUCAUCGCUGCUGUGCAACCCAUCGCUGCACGUCUACCCGAUCUACUUCUUCAACAUCGAAAUCAACGGCCAACCGUUCGGCCGGAUUCUGAUCGAAGUGCGCAACGACGUCGCGCCGAAGAUGGCCAAGAACUUCGGCGCCCUGGCGAGCGGCGAUUUGGGCUUCGGCUACAAGGGCUGCAGCAUCUUCCAGUGCUGGGAGAACGAGAGCAUCAUCACCGGGGACUUCGAGCUGAACAACGGCCGCGGUGGCCGGUCGGUGUUCGAGGAGGGGUUCUUCAUGCCGGACGAUACGAAGAUCCUGGCGAUCCGCGGUUCGGUCGGGAUGCGCCGGAGCCAGAAGCGUCACGACAACAUGGGCCUGGUCGGGUCCCAGUUUCGCAUCAUACUGCGGGAGAUGCGCGGCUUCACCGGGAUCUUUGCGUUCGUGGUGGAGGGGCUGGACCUGGUGGAGAAGAUCAGCCAGGCGGGCGACUCGGCCGGGAAGCCGCAGAGCAACGUACUGAUUGUGAACUGUGGUAAAUGGCAGUAGGGGGGGUAGGGGGUGGGGGAGUGAUGAGGAAGAGAGAGAGGGGGAGGGAUGGAAGCGGAUUUCGGGUAUUUUAUUCGGGGGAUUUCAUGAAAACUAGUUUAGUUUUAAGUUUUCGUUUGUCUCUUAUCGUCGCCGUUUAUACUGAUAUGGGUUAUGUUUUGUUAGUUGAAAUACGUAGCUAGAAGCAGGCUGUUGUUAGAUUAUAUGAUUUUUUUUUCCUAGAAUAUUGACUAGUUUCGAGUAUUAGUGCAUUUAGUUUAGUAAGGGCGUUAGACAUGGUACGAAUUUCAGGCUGCUACUCCGCCGUAGUGGUAGACUAAAGAAAUCUGAACUGCGCGAGAGGGCAGUGUUCGUGACGAGGGUGAUAGGCUAGUGGAG